AUGUGGCUGACCUUACAUGGACGACUACUUACAUCUGAUAGGCUCAUUAAAUGGGGAUUGGAUGUCGAACCACUGUGUAUACUAUGCCAGCAAUGUCAUGAGGAUAGAAGUCACUUGUUUGUUGGUUGCCCCUUUGCUAACCAGUUAUGGAGCAGAUUGUUUAGCUGGAUUCAGAGACAGUUUUCACCUGCACAAACAUGGGGGAAUCAUCUAACUUGGGUAUUGCAAUGUGGUAAAGGGAAGUCUCACAGAGCAAGGAUUUUUAGAAUGGUCUAUGCUGAAGGCAUUCACUCAAUCUGGAUCGAAAGGAAUCAAAGACUCUUUGAGAAGAGAAGUCGAGAUGUUGCAAGUAUUGCACGUGAGAUUGCCUAUAUCUGUAAUGUCAGAGCUGGUCCUGGACUAUCUGCUACUAUUCAGAGUUACCAGUUUUAA